GCCAGGCUGCAGCGGGCCGGGCAAGAUGGCUGCCGUGGAGGCCGAGCUCGGGCCGUUCACCCUGGAGUCGCUGCCCACCGACCCCCUUCUGCUCAUCUUAUCCUUCGUGGACUACAGGGACCUAAUCAAUUGUGGUCACGUCAGUCGAAGACUCAGCCAGCUCUCAACUCAUGAUCCACUGUGGAGAAGACACUGCAAAAAGUACUGGCUGAUAACUGAGGAGGAGAAAUCCCGGAAGAAACAGUGCUGGAAAUCUCUCUUCAUAGCUGCUUACUCAGAUGUAGGAAGAUACAUUGACCAUUAUGCUGCUAUUAAAAAGGCCUGGGAUGACCUCAAGAAGUACUUGGAGCCCAGGUGUCCUCGGAUGGUUUUAUCUCUGAAAGAAGGUGCACGUGAGGAAGACCUGGAUGCUGUGGAAGCUCAGAUUGGUUGCAAGCUCCCUGAUGAUUAUCGCUGUUCAUACCGGAUUCACAAUGGGCAGAAGUUAGUGGUUCCAGGGUUGCUGGGAAGUAUGGCACUGUCAAAUCACUAUCGCUCUGAAGAUUUACUAGAUGUCGACACUGCUGCCGGAGGAUUUCAGCAGAGACAGGGACUGAAAUACUGCCUCCCUUUAACCUUUUGCAUUCACACGGGCUUGAGUCAGUACAUAGCUGUGGAAGCUGCAGAGGGCCGGAAUAAAAACGAAGUGUUCUACCAAUGUCCAGACCAAAUGGCUCGGAAUCCUGCUGCUAUUGACAUGUUUAUCAUAGGUGCUACUUUUACUGACUGGUUUACAUCCUAUGUCAACAAUGUUGUAUCAGGUGGUUACCCCAUCAUCAGAGACCAGAUUUUCAGAUAUAUUCACGACCCAGAGUGUGUAGCAACAACUGGAGAUAUUACAGUUUCAGUGUCCACAUCAUUUCUGCCAGAACUCAGCUCUGUCCACCCACCACACUAUUUCUUCACAUACCGAAUCAGGAUUGAAAUGUCAAGGGAAGCACUUCCGGAGAAGGCCUGCCAGUUGGACAGUCGCUACUGGAGGAUAACAAACGCUAAAGGGGAUGUGGAAGAAGUUCAAGGACCUGGAGUAGUUGGUGAAUUUCCAAUUAUUAGCCCAGGUCGGAUAUAUGAAUACACAAGCUGCACCACAUUUUCUACAACAUCAGGCUAUAUGGAAGGGUAUUAUACCUUCCAUUUUCUAUACUUUAAGGACAAGGUCUUUAAUGUUGCCAUCCCCCGAUUCCACAUGGCAUGUCCAACAUUCAGGGUGUCUAUAGCCCGAUUGGAAAUGGGUCCUGAUGAAUAUGAAGAGAUGGAAGAGGAAGCUGAGGAGGAGGAAGAAGAAAAUGACUCAGCAGACAUGGACGAAUCAGAAGAAUCAGAUGAGGAUGAGAAUGAAUCAGAUGAGGCUCAAGGGGAGGAGAGACGGAGGAGGGUCUUUGAUGUGCCCAUUCGCAGACGCCGCUGCUCUCGUCUCUUUUAGUUGCUGCUGAAGGAAGCUCUGGGAUGGCUAUUCUGUUAAAUAGAUCUGUCAAUAAUGUAAAUAAUUGUGCUCAAGCAUAUAGCAGAAUUAGCAUGACAUAUUGUUCCAGACCUAGGUUCUCCAUGACACUACAUUAGGAGUUGGAUCGCUUUGGCUUGUUUUGUGGUUAUAGGUAGAGGAAGAAAUGGGAAUCUUUUAUUUUCUCUCCCAGAAGUCAGCAUAAGAGCAGUUCUAUAACUACAGAACAGAUGUUUCUGUGUUUAAAAUAUUUUCUACUUUCAAAACAAAACAAGACACAGAAGUGAAGGAAGAAUUGUUUUGGCUGGGGAUUUUACAAGUAGCAGAAAUCCACAGACAAGGGUAGAAGGAAACCGUGUGACUGACUGAAAAGACCCCUCUUUGUUGUUUAGAAACUAAGACAGUUUGUAGUUAGCUAACUACUUCAUGGUUGUUAACAUUUUAUACUCACAGGGAACUAAUUGACUAACUUGAGUGGGAAUAGUUGGCCCUCUCAGACAAUCUGUCCUCUAAUUUAGUCUUUGUCACACAAAUUUUCAUCAUUAAUUUUUUGUCUUCAACAUGAUAACUUUGGACUUUAAAGUUAAAGUUCUCACGCUAUGACCUUUCUCACGUUAUUUACAAACUCAUCAUUUUAAAUGUAGUUUGUUUGUAAAAGUAUGUAGUGUUGUUAAAGAUUCUUCACAACGUUUCAUUGAGUCUAAAUUUGUAAAUACGCUUUCUGUUUUGUUUCUUUCUAUACAUUUGUCUAACUUCGUGGUAAAUGAUCUGAAUUUUAUGUUAGGGCUCAGGAUAUUUUCCUGAAACAUGAAUUUUUUUUGUAAUUAUAUAAUUGAGAGUUUGGAAUGAAAUCCGUCAAGUGUCAAAAACUCAUAUUUUAAAAAUGA